GGGAGAGCGAGCUCAUCGGGCACGUCGAGAAAACUACUAUGAAAACGCUGGCCCCGGUGACAACCGUCAAGCCCGAAGAGAGAUGAUGAAAGCCGAGAUAGCUCAUCGGGCGCGUCUAGAAAACGCUGGCCCUGCUCACGACCGUCAAGCCAGACAUCGCGAGACGGCAAUGGACCGAUAUCGGUGGAUCGACGAGAAGAAACUGAUGGAAGACAGUCGCCGGGGAGUUGAGGAAAAGGCUCAGCAUCGCGAGUCGGCAGUGAAGCAGUACGAGUGGACAGACGAUACGAAACUGAUGGAAGCCGUGAAGGCGGAAGUGGGCAUAAAGGAACCUGAAGAGGCAGAGCAAAUCCCGAACGAGACCGCUAUCCAAGACGCCAGAGAGAACCGACCUGAUCAGGCAGAGCAAAUCCCGAACGAGACCGCUGUCCAAGACGCCAGAGAGGACCGCUCCCUAUUCCAGAAGCUGAAGAGCAGUAUGAGGUCUCGGGGAGGUGUCCGAGUCGCGUUUCUGCGCUCAAUCGGUCUGGACAAGGCGGUUUCAACCGACCUCAACAAGAACCCCUUGGCUUGCGGAGACAUCCGCGAUGACUCUGCGCCGGCAGUGAAGAGGGGCCUCAGCCUGAGGAGCCGCCGAUCUCGACUGCGGCGAUCUGGCUCCAGAGCUUCCAUCAUAUCAAUUGCGUCUACAAUCAAGGCACUAAACUAGCUCAUUCGGCGAGUUGCGGCUGUUUACCGAAGCUCAUUGCGGAUGCCGCUACAAAUGCUGAGAUCUAAGCAGACGGGCAUCUUGGUUAAGGUAUGUCGUUGCUUCCGAAUACCUCACAAGUGGUUGGAUCCGUACAGAGGAAUACUAAGAGGCAUCGUAGGGUUAACCGUACAUUGACCCCGACAAACCACACGGCUAUUCGAGAGAACGGUGUAUCUAGCGAGCGCCAUCGUCUUGGCGGCAGCAUCAUAUCGCCUGCAACCAGUGAGCAAGAAGUGUGGUAUCUCCUACUGCUCGACAUCCAGAAGACAAUCGUACAUCAAAUGAUGAAAAAGAGACUUUGGCGGGCAGGAAUCUGGUGCUUGUACC